CAAAGUUUCUUACUAACCCAGUCAGUCGGUCACAUAAUACGUUUGCAAACGCAGCGUUAACCACCACCACGGUCUUUCCUCAUUUUGCUUAUACAUACAUUUUAUUUAAAUUUGUGUUAUUUCGCCGGUUAUUACAACAAAACGAAAUUUAAUAAACAUUGCAGUGCUAAAUAUUUGUUUUUUUGACGGUGCUAAAUAAAAUUAAACUUGUUGUUUUAAUUUAUUAGUUGGAGUCAUCAUCUAUUUCCUUAAGAAAUCAUUUUCCCUAGUUUGGUGAAUUGUUUAAGUACACUUUCAAAUACAUUUGGCUUUAUUUGUCUACAACAAAAUGUCGUGUUCCAUUUAUGAUUGUGUGGAGAAGGGACCAGCCAUUGAGGUUUUUGCCUUGAACCGUGCCUUCCAGGAGGAUACUCAUGCCAAGAAAGCCAAUUUGGGUGUGGGUGCUUAUCGUACAAGCGAAGGCAAACCCUGGGUAUUGCCUGUGGUUCGCAAAACAGAAAUUCAAAUUGCCAGCGAUGAAGCGAUAAACCAUGAAUAUUUACCAGUUUUAGGUACUGAAGCGUUUACAAAAGCAGCCAGCACUUUGUUACUAGGUGAAGAUUCGCCAGCAUUAAAAGAUAAUAGAGCUUUUGGCGUACAAACCCUGUCUGGUACAGGUGCCUUGCGUAUUGGUGCAGAAUUUUUGCGUCGCCAAAUGAAUCGCAGAGUGUUUUAUUAUUCCGAUCCCACUUGGGAGAAUCAUCAUAAAGUUUUUAUGGAUGCUGGUUUUGAACAACCCAAUACCUACCACUACUGGGACCAAAGUAAACGUGUUUUGGAUAUUGAGGGUCUAUUGAAUGAUUUAGAAAAGGCUCCAGAAGGUGCUGUUAUUAUCCUGCAUGCCUGUGCCCACAAUCCCACUGGUUGUGAUCCUACACACGAACAAUGGGUUCAAAUUGCCGACUUAAUGGAACGCAAAAAAUUGUUCCCCUUCUUUGAUUCGGCUUAUCAAGGUUUUGCCAGCGGCGAUCCUGAUUAUGAUGCCUGGGCUGUGAGAUAUUUUGUUAAGCGUGGCUUUGAAUUGUUCUGUGCCCAAUCGUUUGCAAAGAAUUUUGGUCUUUAUUGUGAGCGUGUUGGUAAUUUGACUGUAGUCUCGAAUACUGCGGCUGUCAAGGAGGCAUUACAAUCACAAUUUACAUUGUUGGUUCGUGGCAUGUACUCGAAUCCACCUGCCUAUGGAAGUCGUAUUGUAUCGACUGUUUUGAAUAGCCCCAGCUUGAGAAAGGAGUGGAUGGACUGUAUCAAAACUAUGUCCAGCCGUAUCAUAAAAAUGCGUAAUGCUUUGAGACAACGUUUGGAAGAACUCAAAACACCCGGCACUUGGGAACACAUUACACAACAAAUUGGAAUGUUCUCAUAUACUGGUCUAAAUGAAAAACAAGUACGUUGUUUGAUUGAUGAAUACCAUAUUUAUCUAUUGAAAACAGGACGUAUUAAUAUGUGUGGCCUAAAUGAGAAUAAUGUUAAUUAUGUAGCCGAAGCCAUAAAUGCUGCUGUAACUCGCAUCGGAAGUCAACUUUAAGUUAAGAGAUAGAGAAAGAAAACAAAUUAAAGAAUUAUUUUGUUAAGUUUAGUUCGCAAGCACAUAAUUUAAACGAAACAGCACUUAUGUUUUGAAAUCGGUUUCAUUUUUUGUUAUAUGAUAAAGACAAAUUAUAAAUUAAUUUAUUAGCUAUAAAGUGUGGAAACAAAUAAUACUAACAUGUACUGUAAAAGAAAAGUUUAAACCAAAACCCACUGAGACUCAGCAAAAUGUUUGAAAAUAACUUGUACCAAAAUAAAAAAAAUCUUAAGAAACUACAGAAUUUAAUACAUUACAAAAACAAUUUAACAAAUUUAACGAAACAAGCCAAAACUAUUUAAUACAACCAAAUUAAAAAAAGAAAACUACAUUUUGUAUUAUUCAAAGCAUUUCAAUUUAAAGAAAAACCACAACAGCAAAUAAAAUAUUAAGAGAACAAGAAAAAUAUAUAUGUUGCGUUUAAACACAAUUAAAAUAAAUUUAUAAAAAAAAUCUAAUUGAAAUAAAAUUUAUAUAAAUGUAUUUAUUCUAUAUGAAUUGAUAUUAAAAACAAACAAAUAUGUAUAAAAGCUACAAAGCUAAAACCAAUAAUAACAACAAAUUAUUGCAAUUCUUUUAUAUAAUUAAUUAAUACAUAAACUCGCUUGCUGUUGGUUUUUUAUUAUUAUUAUUGUUGUAGCAUUUAAUUUAUUUACUAAUGUGCAUUGAUUUAGUAACAAAACAAACAAAAAAAAGGAAAAAAAAAUACAAAAAACAUAAUAAAAUUUGUAAAAACAAUUUAAUUGAAAUAUUUGUUAUUAGUAUUUUUCAAUAAAAGACAAUAAUUAUAAAUAA